AUGAAGAUCACGAUAGCAUUGAUCGCUCUAUCGUGGCUGACGUGGGUUGCCGCCCAUUGUCCUCCCACUGGCGCUGUUUUGCCCAACCCCAAGAUCAGUUCGAGCGACAAAGUGGCAUCAGCUCUCAAGAGAAGCUUAGACAAUGUCGUCAAGGCCUGCCAAAACGACUUCAACAUCACGACCACGUCUUUUUCAGUCGCGAUCACGACAUCCGAUGAUACUUUCUUCGAGUUCCACCACACAGCACUGCUUCGUAACGACAUAGGCGUCGAUACAGUCAAUGGAGACACCAUUUACCGUUUAGGAUCUGUGACGAAAGUUUUUACAGUCUUGUCCCUACUUUUGGAGGAAGGUCUGAAUCUUGAUUCGCCCGUCUGGCAGUUUGUGUCGAAGCUGGAGAAUGUCGCCCAAUAUAAGGACACAACAUUGAGGAUGUUAGCAAGCCAGCUCGCUGGUGUCAACCAAGACAGCUUUGUAUAUGACAUCUCCGCAACGAUCCCGCCUGUCAUGCUGGCGCAGCUUGGAUUCCCGAAGAUACCCAUACCCGAGGGCCUGCCGACUUGUGAUGCGAUCCAGAUUGGCGAGGCUCCUUGCACUCAAUUCUUUGAUGGACUCAAGUUCUCGAACCUUACCUGGCAGCCCGGCACCAACGCUGCAUACAGCAAUCUUGCCUACAUAAUCCUCGGCUUUGCUGUCGAGAAUAUUACGUCCUCCUCCUACGCCGAUGCCCUGAAUGACGGCAUCGCCGUGCCCCUCAAACUCAAAAACACAGGCACCAGAGUGCCCGUUGUCGAAAAUGGCAUCAUCCCCGUCGGCGGCCUCGAGUGGUAUACUAGAACACUUGCCAACUACGACAGUACUGGCGGUAUGUUCUCAACGCCACACGAUUUGCAGUCUUUCAUCCGCAGCAUCCUCAACCACGAGCAGCUCUCCCGUGCCGACACUGCCAUGUGGCUCAAACCAGUAGUCUUCACUGCCAAUCCUGCCGAAGCCGUCGGUAUGCCUUGGGAGAUCUACCGCCCCAGCGACCUGACCCCCGACGGCCGCCCGAUAGAGAUCUACAGCAAAACGGGAAACCUGCCGUUUUACGCCGCGCACAUUGCCUUGUUGCCCGCUUAUGGUGUCGGUCUCUCCAUCAACACUGCUGGCGAAGAGACCUUUAACGCCGUCAGAGACCUCCUCGAUGUUGUGAUUCGCACCCUCAUUCCAAUUCUCGAGUCCCUCACGCGAGCCCAGGCGGAAGCUACCUAUGGUGGCACCUACACCUCCGAGACCGGCUCGCUGACUCUAGCCGUUGAUGAUGGCCCAGGCCUCAAGAUUGAGGAGUGGGCGUUCGGCAAUGGCAGCGUCCUCGAUGCUUGGCUGGGGCUUCCUGGACGGGAGAAUCUUAUCAGUGUUGAUGCGAGGGCAUAUCCUGUCGGUAUAGACGACCGGUGGUUGGUGUAUUUUGAGGGCCAUUCGUCGAAGAACAAAACUGGGAUCUUUGCGAAGCAGUGUGAGACAUGGAUUGCGCAAGACGGAUUGAGGUUUGCGGGAUUGCCAAUCGAUGAAAUUGAUUUCAAAUUCGAGGAUGGAAGGGUUGUCAGUGUAACAUCGCCAGGUUUGAGGCAGGAGUUGCUGAAGGUCUGA